AUAGCCGAUAACUACUGGUAGGACUUCUCGCAUUAGAUAAUACUAGUACUCCCUUUAGGCGUGCUGGCGAUUUUUGAUAAUACGCUCUUUCAUAUUCACAGUAUCUUGAUUUUCGAAGGCGAAGACUGACUUGUUUUCGGAGGUAUCAAACCAUGUCGUCGCAACAAGUAACCCCAUUUCCGCACGGCGUGUUCAUGCCGAAUGGUCUCAAAACCGACAAACCUCUCGAGGCCAACGACCCAACGAUGGGCUACAAGCUCAACCACUUUAUGCUAAGGAUUCGUGACCCGAAGAAGUCAAUGCAUUUCUACUUGGAUCUCAUGGGCAUGCGCACCGUCUUCAACAUGAAUGUUGGCCCCUUCACGAUAUACUAUUUGGGCUAUCCGCAGACGGACGAGCACCGUGCAAAUCCGGAGCAAUUUGGUGGUGAGACGGCCAUGAAGCUACAGCACACGUUGGGACUGCUGGAAUUGUAUCAUGUCCAUGGCUCCGAGAAGCAAGACGAGGGGUAUUACCAGACUGGCAAUACGCCGCCGAAUCUGGGGUUCGGGCAUUUGGGGUUCACGGUGCCGAAUGUCCCUGAGGCGCUGGAACGGUUGAAGAAGGCUGGGGUGGAGGUGGUCAAGGAUUUAGGGGUUUGUACGAGGGAGAGUAUUCCGAUUAGUGAGUGGGAGAAUGAACGGGGUGUUGGGGUGGAGGUUAAGGGGACGGAGAGUGAGAUUCAUAAGGAGUAUGCUAAGGUCUUUGAGAAGAUUGCUUUUGUCAGGGAUCCGGAUGGGUAUAUCGUUGAGUUGGUGCCACAGAACAUGGAUCCGCUGGCACCUUGAGGAUAGUGGACUGUGGGCGUGCAUGCUCCGGGAUGUACAGUAGACGGGCACUAUAUUCGACACAUUACUCGGCAAACAAGAAUAUGGCUAAGUACCAGCCCUGCCACCCACAUUAUUAGCAAGUACUUAUACUUCGAUAUCUACUCGUAGUACUUACUAUUCUAUUUAAUCCUUAGUAUCAUAAAACUUAUUUAUUAUUUACCAUAUUCGACGUUAUUUCAAUAAUUAGUGUACCUCUCUAUGCUAUCUCGAGUAUGUUCAGU